AUAAUACAGAACUUUCAGAAGAUAUGUGUAAGGAAUAUGAAGAAAUGUAUUCUCCAUCUUGUGAGGCCACAAGAAAUACUACAGGCAUUGAAGAAUCAACUGAUGGAAUGAUUUUAGGACCUGAUGAUUUGAGUUACCAAAUAUAUGCUGUUUCUGGAGAAAGCAGUUCAACAGUUUCUACAGAAGAUUUAAGAGAAUGUCUGAAAACAGAGUUCUGUUUCUCACGAGAAAAUUUAUCGAAGGAUCUUUACUUGAUAUCAAUGGAUAGUGAUCAGUUUGUCCCAAUAUGGACAGUUGCCAACAUGGAAGAAAUAAAAAAGUUGACCACAGAUCCAGAUCUAAUUCUUGAAGUACUAAGAUCUUCUCCUAUGGUACAAGUCGAUGAGAAUGGUGAGAAGGUGAGACCAAGUCAUAAGCGUUGUAUUGUAAUUCUCAGAGAAAUUCCUGAAACAACACCAGUAGAGGAAGUGAAAGCUUUAUUUAAAAAUGAAAACUGUCCCAAAGUGCUAAGCUGUGAGUUUGCACACAACAGUAACUGGUAUAUCACUUUCCAAUCAGACACAGAUGCACAGCAGGCUUUUAAAUACUUACGUGAAGAAGGUAAAACAUUUCAGGGCAAGCUAAUCAUAGCGAGGAUAAAAGCCAUCAAUACAUUCUUUGCUAAGAAUGGUUAUCGAUUAAUGGAUUCUAGUAUGUAUACUCAACCCAUUCAGACUCAAGCCCAAUAUCCCUCACCAGUCUUUAUGCAGCCUGUGUAUAACCCUCACCACCAGUACUCAGUCUGUAGUAUUGUGCCUCAGUCUUGGUCUCCAAGUCCUACACCUUACUUUGAAACACCGCUGGCUCCCUUCCCUAAUGGUAGUUUUGUGAAUGGCUUUAAUUCGCCGGGAUCUUAUAAAACAAAUGCUGCUGCUAUGAAUAUGAGUCGACCAUUCCAAAAAACUCGUGUGAAGCCUCAUUUUAGGUCAUCCAGUGGUUCAGAACACUCAACAGAGGGCUCUGUGUCACUGGGGGACGGACCGUUGAACAGAUCUAGUUCAAGGAACUUUCUACCUGAACGGCAGAGCUCCACAGUAACAGGUCAUCAAGAACAAACUGUUCCAAAGGAGGCCCCCACUUUACAGAUGGAACAAAAUGGGGACUAUGGUAGAGGCAGGCGAACUCUUUUCAGAGGUCGAAGAUGGAGAGAUGAUAGGAUCCCAAGACCCCCUCCUUCAACAACUGAUAUAAAGACUCCAACACCAAAGUUUGACUUACUAGUUUCAAAUUUUCCUCCAUCACCUGGAAGUUCAUCAAGAAUGCCAGAUGAACUUGUUUUGGAUAAUCGAGUGUCUGAUAUCAUUAAAACUGUCUACAAAGAAAAGGACAAUGAAGACUUGAAAAUUAGUUGCCCAGUAUCUACAGAGGAUGAACAGACAGACUGUGCAUCUGCCCAGCAACUCAGUAUGAGUACCAGUCCUCCGUGUGCAGCUCAGCUUCCUGCAUCAAGCACAACUCAACAAGAAAAAGAGGAUUCCAUCAUUCAGAAGAAUGUUCUCAAUCAGAUGACAGUACCAGAACCUCGAAAGUUAAGUUAUGCUGAAGUGUGCCAGAAGCCCCCUAAAGAGCCAUUUCCAGUUCUUGUACAACCACUGCGGGAACUUCGCUCCAAUGUCGUGUCUCCCACCAAAAAUGAAGAGAAUGGAGCUCCUGAAAAGUCUGUUGAGAAGCAACACACAGAAACAAGGGCUAGUAGGGAUUAUUCUGGCUUCCGAGGCAAUACCAUUCCCAGGGGAGCAGCUGGAAAAAUCAGGGAACAGAGACGCCAGCUUAGCCACAGGGCUGUACCUCAGGGAGUGACUCGGCGCAAUGGCAAAGAGCAGUGCAUGCCGCCCAGAUCACCAAAGUAAAAACACAGCAGAACUAUUCAGACACUUCUUUCUUCCCACUAAACUUGAGCCUAUAUUGAACUGUUCUGGAGAGGAGGGAGUAGACAGGAAAGAAAUGGAAAGUAUGUUCUUAAAUCAUUAUGGAUUUUGGAAUUGUGAGUAGUAGGAUCCCAAAAUUCAUCUCUAAAGUGAUUUUUUAAAUGCUGGAGGAUUUUAAUCAGUAU